CACUUUUCGUCGGUGACAGCUCAGUCGGCGCGGAAGGAUGUCGUCGGUGACGAUUGAGGUGCCUUAUGUGAAGAACCAAGUGAGAUUCGUCGUGGAAACGUCGUUGGCAAAGGAAAUACAGACCGCGACGAUUGCAUUGCGGAAAGCGUGCAAGCUUGACAGGAUAAAAGAAGACGUCAAAGAAGGAAUGAUCCUCGAAGAAGAAGACUUCAUCAAGUGGAUUCGACACUGCAGUGGCAUUCAGACGGAAAAGGACUUUCGAUCGACGCGAUCGAUGGUUGAGUUGUUGUACAAUACGUUCGUGCCGUACAGCGUCGACAUGGUCGAUCUGUCCGUGGGUUUUCUCGUCUUUCUUGACGGUACAGUCGAAGAGAAACUUCGCCUUGCGUUGGAGCUCACUACGAAGGACGACUUCCCCAUUCUCACGGAGGGCGCGGUCGUGCGAUGCUUGACGAAUAUCCUCCUCGGGCUCUACAGUCUCUUUGCCAGCGGCGGUCCCGCGAACACGGAUACGUCCGUCAACAUUUUGGAAACGAUGCAAUUUAGCGCGUCGCAAACGGUCGUCGAGAUCACGGACCAUCAACCCAAGUUGACAUUCGACGACGUUUGGGAUUGGUACCUCCUCAUGGGUGGUGAGCACGCGCCGUAUUUGAAGCUGUUAGACCUGUCGUAUUGGCGUCACCAAGAAGCAUUCUUAUUGCAGCCUGCCACGGCCACCUCGGACUCGUCGUCACCGCUCGUGUUCACGGUGACCCAUCAGAGUCAGUCGUUGCAUAUUGGCGCAGCGCAUGCGAUCGAGCUCGAGGAACUGCUGCUGGCGUCGCGGUUCACGGUGUUGCAGCCCCAGGUCAUGUACGACACGUUUCUUCACCACACGAUCGACGGGUGGUUGGAUUUGGCCACGUUCGAAGAAUCGCUCAACGAACUCACGUGCAUGACGUGCACAAACCACCUCGUGGACGACGACAAGUUCAUGACUAGCAUGCGCGCGCUCUUCGCCAGCUACCUCGGUCCAAACGACACGAAAGUUGAAGCGUUCGAGCUGGCCGCAGGCUUUUCGCUCUUUUGCGAUGGCUCCAAGAGCGACAAAUUGGCGGCGGGGUUCCAUUACUUCGACACGGACGACGCCGGCGAGCUGACGAACGACCAGUUGUGGCGAUUCCUUCGAUCUGUGAUCGUCACGGUCUUGGGCUUGGUCCCCAACACUGACAAUUCGAGUCUCGUGGAUGUGAUUGACGGCGCCGCCACCGAAAUCAUGGACCAAGUGUCCGACCCCACGUACACGUUUGAGCAAUUUGGGCAAUGGUAUAACGAGGGCGGGUUCCAAACCAUGAGCUGGCUCGAACUCCUCGACCUGCGAAAAUGGAGUUUUGUCUGGCCCGAGUUCAACACGGCCAACUUUGCUACGUUGAACGAGAACGACCAGCAGCUCCAGCCCGUGUCGGCGUCGGCAUAUUACACUGCCAAGAACAUUCGUGCCACGCUGCACGACGACCGCCAGGUCGACUCGGACCCGUGCGGCGGCUCGCUCACGUUUGAUUCGACCUGCGGCGUCGCUUCACAGCAGCAGCGAAAUGGAACUUUGGACUUAAUCCCGCCCGUGUGUUUGAAAAACGACAUCGUGCUUGAGUUUGAGCUGCCUUUGGAAAGCUCCACGACCAGCGGUGCCAACUCCGGUAGCUCGAACGACCAAGCGUCGCUGGGAAGCCUUCUCGACAGUCUUUGCUUUGACAAUGGCGACCUGAUGCAUUAUAUGCAACUCCAAAAGCGCACGGCACUCCAAACGCAUCCCAUUCAAACCGUGUUUCAAGUAUUCGAGCCGUACUUUGACGCCCUUGAAGGGUACCCGACGCUGGAACGGGCCGAUUUCGAAACGUGUGUGGACCAUCUCCUAUUUCCAAACAUCUCUGCCAGCCACCAGCAACCCACUACCGCAACGGCUUCACCUUGUUGUAUCACCAAACAAUCGCUGUCGGACGAAUUUGAUCGGCUGAAUGUGGACGACGAUGACGCCGACUCGGCGACGACCAAAACAGACACUGUGUGCCGUAUACUGCAACGGCAGGAAGGGCUCGAAAUGCUGGAAGCGCUCUUUUUCGCGUACAAUCGCUCUGGUACGGGCAAAAUCGAUGCGACGGAAUUCGUGUCGGGGUUUCUCGUCCUUUGCGCUGGCUCGAAGAGCGACAAGCUGUCGUUUUGUUUUGGGUUGUUUGACGAAGACGGCGACGGGUGUCUGACUCGCCGUGAAAUGUGGAAGUUCCUUCGGUCGUUCCUCACCAUGCUUCUUGCUCUGGGCAACGGCGCUGACUGCUCGCCGGAAGUGAUCGGCGCUGUCUGUGACGCGGCUUGCAUCGGGAUUGCUCGCUCGCUGUUCACCGAUCCCACAUUGAGUCAAGGGGCAUCGGACGCUGUUCCGGUCAGCAAGGUUUCGUUCGAAGCGUUUGCCGAUUGGUAUUCGUAUAAAGGGUUUCAAAUCAUUCCGUGGAUCGAACUCCUCGACACGCGAAAGUGGCCGCUGGUCGACCCCACUAUCGCAGUGGCUGUUCAAGCGGCAGCGGCCCUGGCCACCGCGCCCCCUCCUUCUACCUAUUCCGUUUCAUCCGGCCAUCCUUCAAGCAGCUGUCCUACCUCGUCGUCGCUACCGAACGAUGGAGCUCCAUUGUCGACGCAGGCGGUUUCUAGCUCGUAUCAAGACAAGCCGUCCGCAACAUCGUCGUCGUCGGCCAUUGUGUUUCAGUUCAAAUUGACUACGUACGAUAACACCACGUUGCGCAUUCGACUGCGGGAUGUCGCUGUUGUGUACACGAUUGCGGAAAAGCUGCGGCUCAAAUCGAUCGGCGUCGACGCUCUGUACGACGGGUUCGAUCGGUUCACAAGAGGCAAGUCGCUGUCCAAGUCAGGGUUCCUCCACGCGAUUCGCAGUUUGGCGCCAAGAGGCAACUUGUCAAGCGAAGACCAGGAGUUUUUGAGUUACCAUUUGCUGCGCAUCUUUAGUUUGUACGAGACCGAGAGCGCCACGAACGACGACGAGGGCAUCGACGACAGCGGCACUUCAGGGGUCGCCGUCGACAAGCUGCACCUGAUCAGCGGCAUGAGCUUGUUUUGUCAUGGCUCGAAAAGCACCAAGUUGGGGAUGCUCUUUUCGCUGUUUGACACGCACCGUGACGGCAGCGUGAGUCGUCGGGCGCUGUUUGAGCUGUUGAAGAGCGUUCUGUCGAUCUUGUUUUCGUUUUCACUCGGGGAUUGCAGUGGCGGGUCCAGUCUCCAAGCCAACGUAUUUGCAGCCGAGCGAGCGGCCGGCGUGUUGGUCUCCAAGGUAUUUUGUGAUGUGCAAUCGAGCGCGAGCAUUAGUUUGGGCGCGUUCGCCGACUGGUACACGGCGCGCGGCGGGUACGAGCUGUGUCCGUGGCUGGAGCUCCUGGACUUGAACAAGUGGCCGACUAAAGAAGCAAUGGAGGCGAGCACGCGGGAGAAACCCCUCUCGUAUGCGUUUGACAUGCACGAAGAGGGGAGUUUGCUCCAUUACACGGAAAAGGACAUCGAAACUUACUUGGCCGUGCUCGAAGCGACGCAGUUCCACCGCCUUGCGGUUCCGACCAUCCACGACGCCAUCGUUCGAGCGGCGCGCCCCGUGACCCACGACAACGGCCUUGUCGUAACGAGGUCAAGCUUUUACAGCUGCAUUCGCAAGCUGAUCCCACGUACGAGCGUCAACGAAGAAGGUCAGCAGGUCGCGUCGCGGAUGCUGGCGCGGCUCUUUAGCGCAUACGACCGAAAAAAGGUCGGCAAAGUCAACGCAGUCGAGCUGGCGUGUGGCAUGAGCAUGCUUGGGAUGGGAUCCAAGAGCCAGAAAUUGUCCAGCGCCUUCGAUUUGAUCGUGAAGCUGAAUAUGCGGAAAGCAUCGAGCCGCGCAACCGCCGCGAUUCCACACGCGAUGCUCUUCCUCUACCUCCGCUCCUUCCUCGUCGCGCUCAUGGUGCUUUGCGAAAAGCGGUAUCGCCGCGGUAUCGAGCAAAUGUACGUGGAAGCGGACGAGGUCAUUGGGGACGUCACAACCAAGCUUCUUCACGAGGUUACCCUCGCUGCGCACACUAGUCUCCGCACGCGCAACAGAGUUUCGUUUGAGCAAUUUGGCGAAUGGUACAACUCGGGAGGGUACGAGACCGUGUCGUGGGUCGAGCUCCUCGAUGUGUCCAAGUGGCAGCGCCCUCCGAGAGAGUCGCCCGAAUCCUCGUGGGAUGAAAACGACGGCGUGCGCGCCAGCGACAUCGGUCUAGAUGCUCAUCCAUCCGAUUCUCCUUCAAGUACCCCCUUGCUGCGGUACCAAGUCGCCGCGUCCGAGCUCGUGUACACGCAGGCCCACAUCCACGCGCUCGGCGAAUGUCUCACGCACGUUGAGCUGCACCUGUACUCGCCCUUCCAACUCAUCACGGUGAUCAAGACGUUCUUGACGAAGCGGCAGGCUCCGUCCACAAAUCUCCUGUCACCCACCGUCCAUUUGGAACUGACGAGGGAGCAGUGCCAAGGCAGCAUCCUUCAGCUUUGUCCCAAACACGCCCAUUGCACGAACCGGUACGUCGGUGCGUUUGUGGACCACUUGUUUUGUGUGCUGGAAAAUCCCCAAACCCAAAAAGUGCUCCUUGUCCACGUCCUAUGUGGCCUUUUGGUCUUUACAGACGGCAACCUGCUCGACAUCCUCGUCCAUGGCUCCGCCCUGCUCAGCUACACACUGUCGAAUUCGUUUUCGGAGCAACAACAGUUUGACGAGACGACAGCCCAUCAUGUCGUGCCGUGGAAUGCACUGCGCCAGUGCCUUGAAAUCUUCUUGAAGGCACUGUUUGCGUGCAGCCAGUCGCUGGAUCGAGUGGGCGGCGUCGAGGACGUUGCCACAGUCGCCUCGGCUGGCGCGGACGAAACGAUCAGCUUUUACCAAGACGUGUACGGCGAUGACAGUGCGACUGUGUCGUGCGAAGCGUUCCACGACUGGUUUGAGGCGGAAGGGAUCAAGAGUUUACCGUGGCUCGGGCUUGUCGUGCUGGAGAACUGGCCCCACUUGCUCCCCCUCGAUCUUUCCAAUCGUCGGGCAAAGACCCAUCACUUGUAACAACUCGAUUCUUUACCGCGUUUGCACGUUCACCACGGAUGACGCUUUCGAUGUUGUGGUCGAGCUUUCCACAAUGCACGCUGUCAUUUAUCAAGCGUGCAAAGUGUCAAAGG